GCGCGCACGGCAGCGGAAGUGACGUCACCUGCAGUGUUUACACACUCUUUCACAGCUGAUAGAGCGACUGUGCUCGUCUAGCUGUGUCUGAGCGCGAUGAUUUACCUCAGAUUCCGCGACAGAGUGACAUUCAGGAGAUCCAUCGCGAUUCAGAGCCAAGAAUCUGAUGUUUAACUUCCUGUGAGAGGAUGCGCGAGCGAGAGAUGGCCGGAAACGUCCGGCACUGGACCCCGAAGCACGUGGGCCGCUGGCUGCGUGAAGAGGGCUUCUGUGAUUACGUGAACCUGCUGUGUAACAAACACCGUCUGGACGGAACCAGCCUGCUGACGCUGAGCGAGUACGACCUGCGCUCUCCUCCGCUGGAGCUCAAGGUCCUGGGAGACAUUAAACGGCUGAUGGUUUCUCUCAGGAAGCUGCAGAAGCAGAACACAGACGUUUUAGAGGAGCUCGGUCUGUCCUACGACGGACACUCGCCUCAGAACAGCACAGGUGGAGUGGACUGGCUGUGUAACGGUGAAUCUGCGCGGGAUUGUGACGCCGUGUUGGACACGUUGAGCAGCGAUCAGUAUCAUCAGUACAACAACGGCAAAUACAAGCAGCAGCCCGCGGAGACUGGACCCCUGAGUACUGGAAGACCAUCAUCAGCUUCCGUCUACGUGGUCUUCGUCUUCGGCUUCACGUCCUUCGUCAUGGUGAUCGUCCACGAGCGAGUGCCAGACAUGAGAACGUACCCGCCGCUGCCUGACAUCUUCCUGGACAGUGUACCCAGAAUCCCCUGGGCUUUUGCGAUGGCUGAGGCCUGUGGCGUGAUCCUCUGCUCUGUUUGGCUGCUAGUUCUGCUGCUUCAUAAACACAGGUCCAUCCUGUUGAGACGCUUGUGGAGCCUCAUGGGGACGGUCUUCAUGCUGCGCUGCAUCACCAUGUUUGUGACGUCUCUCUCUGUCCCGGGACAACACCUGCAGUGCACUGGGAAGAUAUACGGUGACAUGUGGGCGAAGCUGCAGCGUGCCGUGGCCAUAUGGAGCGGCUUUGGCAUGACGCUGACCGGAGUGCAGACGUGUGGAGAUUACAUGUUCAGCGGACACACCGUCGUUCUCACCAUACUCAACUUCUUCGUCACUGAGUACACGCCGCGCAGCUGGAACUUCAUCCACACGCUCUCCUGGGUCCUCAACCUGUUCGGCAUCUUCUUCAUCCUGGCAGCACAACACGAGCACUACUCCAUCGACGUCUUCAUAUCCCUCUACAUCACCACCAGACUCUUCCUGUACUACCACACGCUGGCCAACACUCACGCCUACCAGCAGAGCCGCCGCGCUCGCAUCUGGUUCCCCAUGUUCUCCUUCUUCGAGUGCAACGUUAACGGACCUGUUCCUAACGAGUACUGCUGGCCGUUCACUCGCCCCGCCUUCCUCAGACGCCUCAUCGGCUGAUUCUCCACAGACGCUGCUGAUUCUUGAGAUGCCAUGAUGUAGAGCAGGCCAAAACCUUUGAUCAACACACACACACA